CCGGCAUAGCCAUCCCAACGAAAACCAUCUGACUGGAAGGCUUUAGAGCUCAUUUCAUACAACGGAGACUCUCCUGAUUUGCCCCCCCCUUCUGCCACCAUAUACCAACCGAUUAGACAGAGCGGACCCCCUACCCCAUUCUGCAGUUCAGACAGGAGAAAACCUCGCAAACUGAAGAAUCCCCAGAUCGCUCUCCCAGUAAGCAUCAUCUGACUCCAGGGUACCACUUUCUUAUGUAACGCUACCUGCUUCUGCAUAAAGGGGACACAGACACAAGAGGAAGCCAGGACCCUUCUUUCAUAUUGUCCAGACAGAAGGACCAGGGCAGCACCAGAGUGCGUGAUCGGUAGCCCAAAGCUCAUCAAGAAAGAGAUCUGAUUUGAGGAGCACCCAGGAGAAGAGACCAUGCUGCGGCAAAGCAUUGCGGUACUAAUCAGAACUAUCGCAAACCUCAGGCAUUUGCCAUUGAUAUUAUAGACGUUUUUCUCCAGAAGCCAGAGACUGUAUUGUCACUGCCAGAAGAUGUUUGUGUGGCUUUUCUUGUUCCUCUCCACCCCAAUCUCCUCUACCAACCCGGACUCAGAGCUGUCCUUAGAGAUCUGCAAUGUCUGCUCCUGCCUGUCAGUGGAGAAUGUGAUGUAUGUCAACUGUGAGAAGGUGGCAGUGUACAGACCAAACCAACUGAGACCCCCUCUGUCUAAUUUCUAUCAUCUCAACUUUCAGAACAACCUACUGAUCAUCUUGUAUCCUAACACUUUCCUCAACUUCACACAUGCAGUGUCCUUGCAGCUGGGUAACAAUAAACUGCAGAACAUAGAGGGAGGGGCAUUCCAGGGGCUAAGUGCAUUAAAACAGUUGCACUUGAACAACAAUGAAUUAAAGGUCCUGAGGGCUGACACUUUCCUGGGCAUUGAAAACUUGGAGUAUCUCCAGGCUGACUACAAUUUAAUUAAGUAUAUUGAACGUGGAGCCUUCAAUAAACUACACAAGCUCAAAGUCCUCAUUCUAAACGACAAUCUGAUUUCCUAUCUCCCUGAUAAUAUAUUUAGAUUUGCCUCUUUAACUCAUUUGGACAUCAGAGGGAACAGGAUCCAGAAGAUGCCAUACAUAGGUGUCUUGGAGCACAUUGGCAGGGUGGUGGAGCUGCAGCUGGAGGAUAAUCCUUGGAAUUGUACUUGUGAUCUAUUGCCCUUGAAGGCAUGGUUGGAAAAUAUGCCCUACAAUAUCUAUAUUGGAGAAGCUAUCUGUGAAACACCAAGUGAUUUGUAUGGGAGGUUAUUAAAAGAGACUAAUAAACAGGAAUUGUGCUCUAUGGGCACUGGAAGUGACUUUGAUGUGCGUAUUUUGCCCCCUUCGGUGGAGACAACUUUCACCACUCCUGGUGGGAACACUGCUCAAACAUCACUGCAUCGGCUGGUUACUAAACCCCCGAAGACAACCAAUCCAUCCAAGAACUCUGGAAUAGUGUCUGGAAAAUCUGUCUCCAACCACAGCCUGAGCCAGAUAGUCUCAUUUCAAACCAGAAUCCCUCCUCUUUCUCCUUGUCCCUUACCCUGCGUUUGCAAAACACACCCUUCUGAUUUGGGAUUAAGUGUUAAUUGCCAGGAAAGAAAUGUACAGUCCAUGGCUGAACUGCACCCCAGACCUGUGAAUGCAAAGAAACUGCAUGUUAAUGGAAAUUACAUCAAGCAGGUGGAGCACUCAGACUUUACAGACUUUGAGGGUCUGGAUUUGCUCCACUUAGGGAGCAACCAGUUGACUUCUAUUCAAGGAAACGUCUUCUUGAAUCUUACAAAUCUAAGGAGGCUAUAUCUAAAUGGAAACCAAAUUGAGCGUUUGAGUCCUGAAAUGUUUGCUGGUUUGCACAACUUGCAGUAUUUAUACCUGGAAUACAAUGUCAUAAAAGAAAUUUUGGGUGGGACAUUUGACUCAAUGCCAAACCUGCAGUUGCUUUAUCUAAAUAACAAUCUCCUAAGAAGCCUGCCAGCUUAUAUUUUUUCUGGAGUGCCUUUGGCCAGGCUCAACAUAAGGAAUAAUCAUUUCAUGUACUUGCCUGUAAGUGGCGUUCUGGACCAACUCAGAUCACUGACUCAGAUUGAUCUGGAAGGAAACCCCUGGGACUGCACUUGUGAUUUGGUAGCUCUGAAACUUUGGCUUGAAAAACUGAGCGAUGGAAUUGUCAUGAAAGAGGUUAAAUGUGAGACACCUGUGCAGUUUGCAAAUAUUGAGCUAAGAUCACUAAAAAAUGAAAUUCUUUGCCCAAAGCUGAUUAACAAACCACCCACACAGUAUACAAGCCCCAUUCCUUCUGUAACGUUAACCACUCCACUGGGUCCUAUGAAAAGUCCCCCAGGUGGACCUGUACCUUUAUCUAUUUUGAUCCUCAGUAUUUUAGUAGUGCUUAUUUUAACUGUGUUUGUCGCAUUUUGUCUUCUUGUUUUUGUCUUGAGACGUAAUAAAAAACCAUCAGUGAAGCACGAAGGGAUUGGAAACCAGGAAUGCAGUUCUAUGCAGCUCCAGCUAAGAAAACAGGACCAAAAAGCUCUUAAGAUGGAUGGAAUAUCUGCAGAGACCUUUUUUCCACAGACGAUUGAGCAGAUGAGUAAAAGUCAUACAUGUGGCAUUAAAGAUUCUGAAGUAGGAUUUCAUUUUGCUGACCACCAAGGGGGGAAAACAAUGUUAAGGAACUUAAGUGAGAAGGAUAAAGAGUUAUUACAUGGAGAUUCUAGAAAGAGACUUAGCACAAUUGAUGAAAUGGAUGAAUUCUUUCCAGGAAGAGACUCAAAUUUAUUUAUUCAGAAUUUUUUAGAAAGCAAAAAAGAAUAUAGCAGUAUAGGAGUCAGUGGUUUUGAAAUACAUUAUCCAGAAAAGCUACAAGACAAAAAAAGCAAGAAAUCAUUGAUAGGUGGAAACCACAGUAAAAUUGUGGUAGAACAGAGAAAAAGUGAAUAUUUUGAAUUGAAAGCUAAACUUCAAGGCACACCUGAUUAUUUACAAGUCCUUGAAGAACAAACAGCAUUGAGCAAAAUGUAGGUCAUGCCAUGUAAACACAAUUACAGAGAAUUAUUCAGCGAUGAAAGUGCCUUUUCUAGACUUUUACCUUCCAUAUAUUAUAUACAGGCAUACAUGCAGAUGGUCCGUUUGGUUAUGGUGGCCAGUGUUGAAGAAUUCCACUUGUGGGGAUUUCUUCUCAGAGCUUCAACAUUCUGGAUUUAUCUAGGGAUUUCACCAGACACUUCUGCCAAAGGGAUGCAUAUUAAGACAAACCUAAUUCACCUCAAUCAAAGAGGCAUCUCCUGUAUAUUUUGUACCCCAAACUACUUUCUUCAUGUGAUUGGUUAUUAAAUAAAAACUGGUGAUUGCUGCACACAGAUAGCUCCCCUCCCAAAUGGAUAUGGCUCAUGAAAUAUGAGGAUCGUUAUGUAGGUCUGAAUAUUGUUGAAAUUGAUCAGAUGCCUACAAAGCAUGCAAGGGGAUACGAGUUUAUGUAAUGCAGCAACAUGUAAGACCUUUUUCUCUUGUUGAAAUGUGCUAAUACAGUAUGCCACGCUUUACAAACCUUUGAAAUAAAUUAAGUCACUUGAACCAUAUUUGUCAACACUUAAAAUUGAAUAAAUAUAUAUAAAUAUAUAAAUAUCAUGUUUAUUUUAAAAAAAAAGGAAUUGAAAAAAACGUGAUUUGAAUUAAGCUAAAAAUAUUUUAAAAAAUCAUUAUCAUUAUUUGCAGUUAAAAAGAUUGCAAUGGUUUUCCCAAUAUGCUUGCUAUGUGAGCGGAUCAUACAAUAUUUUUUUAAAUAGAAUUCAUAUAUAUAUGAAAUACUUUGUAUACUAAAUAGAAAUCUAUGUAAUCCUUAAUAUAUAUUUAAAUGCCUGACUUGUUUCUGUGAUCACAAUGCAUUAAUCUUUAAAGUUAAACAUUCAGAUAUACCAAACUGAUAAAUAAAAUGUGUACAUUUGACUUGAUUUAAUGUGAUCAGGUAAAAAUAAAAGUUGUUGAGCUACA